UACCUCGACGGUUAAACAGCUAUAAAUGAGAUUCAUCGCAUCCGAACUUCUUCGGACCAAUAUAUUUUCGAAUUUAUUUUCACACCAAAGUCUCUUACACCUUUCAUUCUUUUUCAUUUUCCCGCCCCUCUUCUUGGUAGAGAGAAAAAGAACAUAAACUUCUGGUUUUAUCUGCAAAUGACUCAAUUUCUGACCAGAUUUUUCUCCUUUUCGAUGUUAGUAAUAGUCUUGAGGUGUUAUUCAAGUACUGGAAGGGGUGAAAAGGAGAGAACUUUAGGCAUAAUAAAGCCAGAUGGAUUAUCUGGUAACUAUACUAACAGAAUAAAACAAGUUAUUCUGGAAUCAGGUUUCGAAAUCAGUAAGGAAAUGGUGAUUCAACUUGAUGAACAAGAUGCGGCUAAUUUUUAUGCCGAGCACUCUUCCAAGAUCUUCUUUACUGAUCUUAUCAGAUACAUGACUAGUGGUCCGGUGUUAGUUAUGAUUUUAGAGAAGGAAGAUGCGGUUGCUCAUUGGCGAAAUUUGAUUGGACCCACUGAUGCCGGCAAGGCCAAAAUUACUCAUCCUCAUAGCAUUAGAGCAAUGUGCGGGAUAGAUUUAGAAAAGAACUGUAUACAUGGUUCAGAUUCCCAUCAAUCAGCUGAAAGGGAGAUUGCAUUUUUCUUCAAAGAGGCACCUUCAGAUGAAGCAGUCAGAAAACAUGAUGAACUGUAACUGGUAAGUACUUAACGCUGAAGCUAUACAUAAUGGUUAAUUUGUAUUAUAGCCUUUUUUUUCCUUGGGAUUGGUUUCAAUCACCUGGCUUCUCUUCUCAUAAGCCAUUAUAUCUGGUGAAGGCACAACAUUAUAUACACAUUCCCUCCCAUUUGUUUGGCUGUCUUAAAGUGGUCAAUUUUAUUAUAGUGUGAUCGGAUCACCUUGAAAAUAAUUUUAGGCCUGCGAAUUUUUGAGAAAAA